CAUGCGCCCGUGAGGCUUCCGAGCGCCGCGCCGGGGCCCGCCCCUCGGUGGCGUCACCCCGCAUUCAGAGCGAAGAUGGCGGAUCAUGAGGAGCAGUUAACUGACGACGAGAAGGUGCGCAUCGCUGCAAACUUCAUCAUCCACGCCCCUCCUGGAGAGUUCAACGAAGUUUUCAAGGAUGUGAGGCUGCUUCUGGACAACGAUGAUCUUCUCAGGGAUGGAGCAGCGCAUGCAUUCGCACAAUACAACGCGGACCAGUUCACACCGGUUCAAAUCACGGGACACAAAGAGCAGGUCUUAAUCACAGAGCAUGGCGACCUGGGCAAUGGCCGCAUUCUGGACCCCAAGAACAAAAUUUCCUUCAAGUUCGACCACCUGAGGAAGGAGGCGAGUGACCCCCGACCCCACGACGUGGACGCCAGCAUCGAGAGCUGGAGGAGUGCCGUGGAUGCUGCCGUCCGCACCUAUGUCAAGGAGCACUACCCCAACGGCGUCUGCACCAUAUAUGGGAAAACCAUCGACAAACAUCAGACUAUCAUCGUGUGCAUCGAGUGCCAUCAGUUUCAGCCCAAAAAUUUCUGGAAUGGACGCUGGAGGUCUGAAUGGAAGUUCACCAUUACCCCUUCAUCUACUGAAGUGAUGGGAAUCAUGAAGAUCCAGGUCCACUAUUAUGAAGAUGGAAACGUUCAGCUAGUGAGCCACAAGGAAGCUCGGGAAUCGAUGACGGUCUCGACCCAAGAGAAAACGGCAAGUGAAUUCGUGAAGAUAAUGGAGGCUGCAGAGAAUGAUUACCAAACCGCAAUUAACGAGAAUUACCAGACCAUGUCGGACACGACCUUCAAAGCUCUACGUCGGCAGCUCCCUGUGACGCGCACCAAGAUCGACUGGAACAAGAUCCUGAGCUACAAGAUCGGCAAGGAGAUGCAGAACGCUUAGGGACAGCAUUGCAUGCUGGGAUUGCUGUUUGUCCAUGUACAAAGUAAAGUCUGUCAAAAUGUAAGAUAUCGAUCAUACUUAAAAUGCUUACUUUUAUUACAUAUUUUAUAAUAAUCUUUUUUUUCCCCCCCUUCAAGUUUGCCGACGUGUGUGUGCUGUUGCGUGGGGAUGUGCGAGCGGCUAAAAAAAAAUAGUUUCAUGUGCGAUACUGUUGCAGCUAUGGUCUCGUGAAAAUGUGACCGCCAUUUUUGAUUCUAAAGAAAGGAAGCUGUCAUAAGAUUGUUGCUCAGUGUCAGUACCUGUAAGUUUUACUGUGCGAUCAUCAUUCCUCUAUUACACGGCUUCAUCUCCCAAAGCACAUGCUCAGAUUCCUGCAUAUGUGUCUAACUUCAUUCCCAGCCACCUGAGCGAGAACUUUAAUCAAUAACCUGAACUCAGCUAACGAGCUAUAUGAAAGUAACAAAAACAGGGUGAGCCUACGUGAAAUGUCUUUAACUACUCAAAAUGCGGCGUGUUGCUACUUAUGUUCAUUGUUUAUAUUACGUGCCCAUGUUAGGAAUGGAAAUGGCUGUAAUACCAAGGCAUACUGUAAUAUAUCUGUAUUAAAUGAUCUGUCACUUUGGUGAUCUGCGUCAUCUUGGAAUGAACUGUAAUGCAGUGAAAAUUAUGUGGCAUUAAAUGACAGAUUUUCUAUUUAAA